CUCUUUUGCCCUUUGGCUAUCUCUUAUCGCUCAAUGCACGACAAGUGUACUGUGUUGAGCUUCAUCUUUCUCUUUUCACGUUCCAUAUUUCCAAUUUCAUCAUAAUAAACGCCUCUGCAAGAGAGGAAAGGUCAAGAUGGCAGACUUCGAGUACAUUAAUCAAGCAGAUGCGAUGGAAUUGAAAGGGCCUAAGCCCCCGAAGGAUUUCAGCUACCAUUACUCGCGAGUCACUGCUGCGAGGAAGGAAAGCAGUGUCAAGUCAUUCUACAAGUACUUUAUGAUUCCGGGAAUUAGAAACCUGGCUGGUGGACUUCCUAAUGCCAGUUUAUUCCCAUUCGAUACUCUCGAAGCACAAAUCGCACAACCUCAACGAUGGAAACCCACUCCCAUCGACCCCAAUGAUCCCAACAAAGAUCUCUCGGAGCACCUUGCCGCAACCUCCCUCAAGAAAGACAAUAAAGAUGUAUCUGUCGCAGCACAUCUUACCGUCCCACAUGCGUCAGCGGUUGCAGACCCCAUGCAGAAGAUCGACUUGACAACCGCCCUUCAGUACGGUCAAACCCAAGGCUAUCCUCCUCUCUACUCCUUUCUCCGACAAUUCACACGAGAGAACUUACAACCAAAUAUACCAUAUGAGGGUGGACCAGAUAUAGCCCUCACCUGCGGAAAUACUGAUGGGCUAUCCAAAACACUCGAAUGCUUGACCAAUGUCUGGAGUGAGGAACGAGAUUGGAUUCGGGAGAGACCGGCUAUCUUGUGCGAGGAGUUCGCAUACAUGAGUGCCGUACAGUCGUGCAGACCGCGAGGAAUUGCAGUCGUGCCGGUUAAGAUGGAUAUGGAGGGUAUGCUUCCAACUGGCUCUGGUGGCUUGGAAGACGUUCUGGAGAAUUGGGAUGACUCCCAGGGGAGGAGACCUCAUCUGAUGUAUACUGUGACGAUUGGACAAAACCCCACUGGAGGAACACUCUCCGUCCAACGACGAAAGGACAUUUAUGCUCUCUGCAGCAAGUACGACGUGAUGAUUAUUGAAGAUGACCCUUACUGGUAUCUGCAAUUCCCUUCUGCUGCAUCACUCGAAGCAGAGGCUCGAAAUCUCCCUGCUCCGGCUGCCGCACCGGUGCACACUUUUGAAAAGUCAUCAGGCUACCCGUUCCUUGAUAGUCUUGUUCCAUCGUACUUGAAUAUCGAUUAUGAUGGCCGAGUCAUUCGUCUGGACACGUUUUCAAAGACUGUUGCUCCGGGCUGUCGACUGGGAUGGAUUACGGCCCAACCAGCAAUCGUUGAACGCAUCGUUCGUAUUUCGGAAUCAUGCACACAGCAACCUUGUGGGUUUGUUCAAUCCAUGAUCUCUGAGCUGGUCAUGGGCCCUCAGCCCGUCAUGUCCGAAUUUGUAAAGAAAUCCAAAAAGGAGCAGGUUACAUUCACAGGAUGGAAGACAGAUGGCUGGGUCCGCUGGCUUGCCGGCCUCCGUGGUGUCUACGAGAGACGGAUGAACCGGAUGUGCUCUGCUCUGGAGGAGGGCCGUUUCCAACUCAAGCAGGGAACCCCAACUAAGACUUCUGAGUCAGAUUGGGCGGUGAUCUCCAAGACCAAGAUGUACUCAUUUGAUUGGCCACGAGGAGGGAUGUUUGUCUGGAUACAGAUGCAUUAUGAAUCACACCCUCUCUUUGGCCAGAUCCCUGGGCCGAAGAUGGCACAGCUGUGUUGGAUCUUCUUGACUACCACGCCGUAUUUGGUGCUGGCUGCUCCGGGUCUGAUAUUCAGUCCUACACCAGAAAUUAUGGAGAAGGAGGGUUGGAAAUAUUAUAGACUUUGUUUUGCUGCUGUUACCGAGGAGGAGGUUGGCAAGAGCGCCAAACGAUUUGCUGAGGGGAUCAAGGCGUUCUGGUUGAUCAAGGACAAGAAGGAGAUGGAGGAUAUCGAUCCCGAGAUCAGUGGAAAACAGAUGGACGGCGAAUUGACGGAUUUAGGAAUGGAAUUUGCUUGUUAAGAUACUUCCUCUUGUUAGAUGGGGGUUUGGGAUAUUCAAGAUAGACCGGGAAGAAUACUGUUGAUGUCAUUACGAAUGUAGGACAAACAUGUCAAUGACGAAGCUUAUUAGACGCAAAUAUAGACAAUCUGAUCCUUAC